AUGUCCCGUCUAAUAAGGUAAGCGGCUCUCGUUUUGGAGUCAUCAUCUCUUUGUAGUACCUUUUUAUUGUUGCUGGUGACCGUGCACUCUCAGGUCAUCUACGACAGCCCGCCGGUCGGUGUGUCGGUAAGUUUGGUUACUGUAUUUUUCGUGCCUUAUGUUUAUCAUGAUUUUAAUUUUUGAUUACAUUUUUUGUAUUUUAUCUCAAAAUCAUUGAUUACUGCUGUAAGAUGAUUGAAUCCCUGACGCAAAAUAAUGAUGAAUAUUUCAGUUAACCAGGCCAGUUCUUCCCUGGCUAGCCCGGUAUUUUGUUGGUGCUGGAAAGGAGAAUGUUUUCCUAGACGAGCCCCAACCAGGCCCUAAAGAAGAAGGCGAAUCCAAAGGUGGCGGGGGUGGGGAAGGUGGUGGCUCCAAAGGAGGCGACGGUGGAGGGUCAAGAGGUGGGGAAGGGGGCGCAAUGAGAGAUAUGCCACCCCCAGGUCGAGGGCCAUCGCAAAUGCAAUUUCAAGGAGGAUCAGAAGGACAAAGUCGACCUCAGAUGAUGAGAGAAGGUGGUGGCAGUGGAGGCGAGGGUCAGGGAGAACGAUCGGGAGGAUCAACACCCAGAAGACAGGAGUCCGGAGGAUCUCAGGGAGGAGGAGAACGUUCAAGUCAAGGCGGAUCAUCCGGAUCUUCAGGAGGAGGUCGAGAAGGAAGUUCGAGUGGAGGAGAGGAACAUAAAGGUGGAGAAGGACGAUCUUCCGGCCCUCCAGAAGGUCAGCAACGACAAUUCGACACUCAAAACUUCUUUCCGCCACCUCCACCGCCGGCUCUUGCAGCAGCUCCAGCCUUCAAGUUGAAUGGACCCGUUGCUGGAGUGCUCGCUGCUCCCGCCGUUCCUCAGAUGCCUCCUCCAAUGGCAGGCUAUGCUCCACCUCCUCAGAUGCCUAUGAUGAUGAUGUUUGCGCCUCCUCCCCUCCCUCCCCCAGGUCCAGCGGGCUAUCCUCCAAUGCCGGAGCCUUUGCCAGUCCAUUUGGAGCCGCCUCCACUCCCAACUGGAUGGGCGCCUAUGCCCAAUCCAAUCCCUGUCUCAGCUUUGUUUGACCCUGUCCAACAACAGGCACCAGCCCCGCUGCAUCCAGCCGGUCCAAUUCCAGCCCCGUAUCCAGGUGCAGCUCCGAUAGCUGCUGCAUAUCCGGCUCCCCCGCCACCAGCCCCAGUAGCUCCAUCUUAUCCGCCUCCUCCUCCGCCAGCUCCUGUGGCUCCAAUCGCCCCAGCUUAUUCAGCGCCACCUCCUCCUCCACCGGUGGCUCCAGUAGCUCCAGCUCCUGCCCCAGUGGCCCCAUACUUCUCAACGGUGGCGUCAAGUGCCCCAAUUCUUCCAGCAGCCCCUGUCCCUCCAGUUCCAGCUCAUGCUCUUGUCCCUCCCGGUUCUUUUGUGGCCAACCUCCCGCCUGCUGGAGGUGUUGUCCCAUCAGGACCAUCAGUUUCGUCACCUAAAUUCGACUACAGGCAUCUCCCCUCAUCACCGCCGGAGGGCCGAAAGCAUCGAUUGUAUCUGCGCACACCGCCUUCGCACCGUGAUAAUCUCUCGUUCGGGUUAGCCUAA